UACCCCACGCUGUCCCGAAUUGCACUUGACAUUCUCCCAAUACAGGCAUCUUCUGUACCUUGUGAACGGCUGUUCUCAGCUGCGAAAGAAAUUGCAACAGACAAGCGAGCGCGUCUCAGUUUAGUAAGAUUUGAGCAGCUCCAGAUGUUGAAGCAUGCCUGGAAGCCAGAGGUCAUUGACUUC